GCAGAAGUGUUAAUUGCUGUGUUGGUGGUGAUUUCGUUGCUCAUUCUCUGUUUGGGUUUUUUCAGACUACUUAAUUAUUCAUGGUGAGGGUUUGUACUUUAUGUAAUGGUGCCAUGAUAUUUGGAGAUGGUAAUGCCAUAUUUUCCAUAUUCUCAAUGGAAGGAUAUUCCUUGCACUGGCCCUGCUUCAAAUCCAACUGGUGGACUCACACCAGCCAUAUUACGGCCACGUAUUCCUUUACGAACGAUUUACAAUCGGGUUUCAUCACAAAUCCCAUCUUCUGAGCCACUUGUCUUCAAUGAUCCUUUAGAUUUCCCAAGCUUUUCCUCUAAUAAUAUUUCUAUUAUCAGGUCCAUAGAUAUCAAAACACACACUGAAUUACCAGCAGUCCCGCUGUCAGUUUCGCAAGAAAACUUCCAUAUACUCGUCAAUCUCAAAUCUAAUGUCACUGACAUUGAUCAAGUUGGUAGUGAUAUAACUUGUCGUGCACCAAUUGACCUCGUGACGGUUCUUGAUAUAAGUGGCAGCAUGACAGGUACAAAAAUUCAGCUGUUAAAGAGAGCCAUGGGGUUUGUGAUAGACAACCUUGGCCCUUCUGACAGAUUAUCUGUUAUUACCUUCUCAUAUGAUGCCCGCCGCCUCUUCCCCCUUCUACUGAUGACUGACUCUGGCAGACAACAUGCACUACAAGCAGUGAAUUCUUUGGUUGCUGGUGGUGGUACAAACAUCGUAGAAGGACUCAAGAAGGGCACCAAGGUUAUUGAAGACCGAGGAUACAAAAAUCCUGUUUAUAGUAUCAUGCUAUUAUCUGACGGGCAGGACUCGUACACGAAGACAAUCAACCUUAAAGAAAUUUCAAGGUUGCAAAUUCCAGUUCAUACAUUUGGAUUUGGUGCAGACCAUGACCCUAUCAUGUUGCACUCAAUUGCAGAGGAUUCAAAGGGAACUUUUUCUUUUAUUGAAGCUGAGGGAUUAAUACAAGAUGCAUUUGCUCAAUGUAUUGGUGGUCUCCUGAGUGUAGUUGUGCAAGACUUGCAAAUACACAUUCAGUCGCUUGACCCUUAUAUUUGUAUCAGUGAAGUAAAAGCAGGGAGUUAUUCCACAUACUUGACAGGUGACAACCAAACAGGAUCCGUGGACAUUGGGGAUUUGUAUGCAGACGAAGAGAGGGAUUUUCUGGUGCUGGUUGACAUUCCAGUUGUAACCGAAGCGAAUUUCAACAAUCAGAUGAAGUUGGUUAGUGUGUGGUGUGAUUACAAAGAUCCUUUUACUAAAGAAUCUGUCACUACUGAAGCUGUAGAAGUGAAACUUCAGAGACCCGAAAUGGUUAAUGAAGAUAUGGUUGUUUCUAUUGAGGUUGAUAGGCAGAAGAAUCGAUUGCAGGCAGCUCAGGCAAUGAGCAAUUCGCGUGCUGCUGCUGAGAGAGGUGAUCUCCCUACCGCAUGGUCUAUAAUUCAUGGUUUUAGAUUGCAGAUAUCAGAAACUGCCUCUGUGCAUGCGGGUGACAAAUUUUCCGUUGAUUUAGAUUUAGAGCUUCAAGAGGUAAGAUCGAGGAUGAAAAGCAAGAAAAUAUAUGAAUCAACAGGAAGGGGAUAUCUACUCUCAGGAAUGAGUUCACAUUCGAGGCAAAUGGCUACAACUCGAGGAGAUUCCACUGAAAGUACUUACCAGACAGCUUCUAUGAGUAAAAUGGUUCACCGAUCUCGUGCAUCUCUUCCAAAAUCACUUGCACAUAACUCACCUAUAAUGGCAUCUUACGCUGGCGGAGGUGGGGGCACUGCUGGUGAUGGUUCUAAGGCUUUCAAAAUUUCUUCAUCAAGUAGUCUCAAUAUUCAAAGAGGUGAUAUUACAAAGUGGUCUAUCAAUGGUACCUCUGAUGCCAUUGUAAAUGCAGCUAAUGAACGGAUGCUUGGAGGCGGGGGAGUUGAUGGAGCUAUACAUAGAGCUGCAGGACCGGAACUACGAGCAGCGUGUUAUACCAUUGCAGAGGUUUGUCCUGAAAUUCGCUGCCCAAAAGGAGAAGCGAGAAUUACUCCAGCAUUUAAGUUGCCUGUUUCGCAUGUUAUUCACACUGUUGGUCCUAUUUAUGCUGCUGACGAUCACCCGGAAGUUACUCUAAGAAAUGCAUACAGAAACUGCUUAAAGCUCGCAAAAGAGAACGGGAUAGAGUAUAUCGCUUUUCCUGCCAUAUCCUGUGGUCUUCAUGGUUAUCCCUGUGACGAAGCUGCAGCAACUGCAAUAUCUACUGUAAUGGAAUCAGAUGGUGACUUCAAAGAGGUGCAUUUUAUUCUAUUCGAGGAUGAUGUUUUCGAUGCUUGGUUGGAGAACACAAAAGGAUUGCUUUAG